AUCGACGUCAGUAUGGAGUUAUGGAGACCACGGACACCCGAAAUACCAAUUUUCCAUGCAUUUCCGCAAUCAGUUCGUGCCUCGUUUUGUCGGUCGUCUAUGUGGCCAGUUUGUACGUUUGGAAUUCACCACAUGACAGAGAACAUCCUAGUACAAUAAAAAAGAGAUUUUUCAGUGUCUUUAUCGUGACACUGAUAUCUCCAGCUUCUUUAUAUUUCGGCCUGAACGAGAACGUAUUUCAGAAGGCCACGAUAUGGGAGUUAUUAGGACUGAGAUGGCCAGGAUUGAUCCAGGCAAUAAUAUUGCCUCUUUUCCUCACAAUGGUUUUAUUUUUGGGCCCACUUAGCAUGCAGGCUAUCAACGGACUCUGGCGAUUCUAUGCUGAGCCAGUGGAACAUCAGCUUGUAAGUGGAACAAGUUUAAUUUGGUGGAGAAAUCAAGUGAUCGCACCACUUUCAGAAGAAUGGACUUUUAGAGCAUGUAUGCUGCCUCUUCUUUUGCAGUGUUUUUCUCCAACCAUUGCCAUUUUUAUAUGCCCUUUAUUUUUCGGAGUUGCUCACUUCCAUCAUCUUUUCGAAAGGACAAAAAUGGGAAUGGAACUCAAGCAUGCGCUGAUUAUAUCAUGCUUCCAGUUUGCUUACACGACAGUCUUUGGAGCUUAUGCAGCGUACCUUUUUGUCAGAACAGGACAUUUUGUGGCUCCUUUUGCUGCCCAUUCUUUCUGCAAUCACAUGGGCUUGCCUGAUCUCUCAGAAAUUGCAACCUACAAGGAUCCUUUGAAAAGAAUAAUACUCGUUUCGCUAUUUGUGAUAGGACUCGUUGCUUGGUGUUUUCUUCUAACGCCAAUGACGAAUCCGGUAAUUUUCAGCAAUAAUCUAUUCUGGCACAAACAUCUCGUCUGAAAAAUACUACGAAAGAUAGUAUUUUUUUCUUUUUCUCAAAGUCCAAACUUUUUUCUUACCGUAAUUAAUUGUGUGGAUUUUUUUACGUGAAACUAGAAAUUUAUCAUGACUGAUUGAUUUUAAUAACGCCAUAUUUUUUUUUGUGUUUGCUUUAGUUAUAAAAUUAAUUUACUAAUUGACUGAUUUUUGUUACCAAUUAAGUUUUGUCCCAGUUUUUUUUUAAUUCUCUUUCGAAGGGACGUUUUUUAGGAUAUUGGAAGUAAUUUAAGAAGCGGAUGAUGUUCAAUUAAUUAAUGAAAAAUUACCGUGGUGCCUCACGAUCGAAUACUUUCGAUCAUUACAAAAAUGCCAAGAAAAAUCGCCAUACGCUAGAAUCGUUACAAUUUUUUAGCCAUAAAAAUAACUCUGCUGUACAAAUUUCGGAUAGAAAGGUAUCAAAAUUCAGAAAAGAAAAAAAUAAAUUGUAAAGGGGACGAGUGAAAAUCCCGAAAAAUAAAAUUCC